GCUCCGACACAGCAGGCGCGGACCCCAGACAAUAGCAGCAUAUCGUCGACGCCUUCUGCUGUGCUCUCGUCAUGGCGAUGGGUUCGCUGAAUUUUUCCCUAUUGUCUUUCGGCAAAAGUCACCGUAUUCUCGUCGGCGAAGGGGCUGUCCACAUAUAGAUGGGUCUCUUCGGGCACGCAAGCGUUUCUUCCAUACCUCUCUUCGUUCUCUCUUCCAAGACCUGUCCUCAACACGACGAACCCAUCGGUUCAAAUGAACAGCCCUCAGGCGCAGAUGGCGCGCUCUCGCUACGGCGCGUCGAUUAUACAGCUUCCGCCAUCCGGAAACGGCGCCACGCAAGUACUCCCUCUAGUUCAAACUCAGCCGCCGCCGCCGCCGCCGCGACCGAAGGUGGAGCGGGCGAGCGCGAACUUGAAGAAGGAUUCUGUGGAAGGAGAUAAAGGCGAGACUUUGACGGUUAUGGAACAAUCUACAAUCGUCGGGCCGCUAGUCUCUCCGCCGCUGUACCACAACCAAUACUCCUCUGCAGUGGACAUCGCACGCCCUACUCCUGCGCUCGAAAGCGUCACGGUCUCGCCCCACCCAUGCUUCAUCGAUCGCUUGCCGACGGAGCUUCUAUGCGUCAUCUUCAUGAUGUGCGGCGACCCGAACAAGCUCUUCGCGUACCCGCGCAACGAGCCGUCGGACAAGAAGGCCGCUCAGAACAAGACCCAUUUCUACAGCAGGGCGACAAUAGUCAUUGGUCAUGUCUGCUCUCGAUGGUUCCACAUUACGCGGGGCUGCCCACAGCUCUGGACUAUGGUCGACAUGCCGCUACCCCAGCUCUCUGACGUCGUCGCGCUCAGACUCAGUCUCAAGUACUCUGCGAAUCUUCCCCUCACACUUCGAAUCAACGACUAUCACUACACUCCCGAAGAGCGUCGAGGCACAGACGCUUGCACAGCAUUGAUGCGCCUGGUCGCUGCGUCUGCCUCUCGCUGGGAGGAGAUAUCCAUCAUCCUGCUGGGGCGCGUCAAGUUAGCCGAUAUGGUCCAGCCGCUUUUGGAAGUUCCGCGAACAUCCUAUAGCUGUCUUAUGCGUGCGAUGAUUCGCUUCGAGUCAGAUGACGACAGGUCGGUGACAAUGCGCCUUUGGGAGAUGUUCUACGCGUCCCCCGCCCUCAGAAUUGCUCAGUGGUUCUACGCGCGUAUCAAUGCCCCUCAAAUCGUCCUUCACCAUCUCACCCACAUCGGUGCUUGUGUUAUACGCCCUGAGAAGCUCACGGAGCUUCUCGCGGCUUGUCCUAAUCUCGAGGUGCUGCAAGUUGCCGUCCGACCCGCUCCGGGUAUAUACCCUGGCCAGGAGGAUGGUUAUCUGUUCCCAGUCAUAUCGCCGCCCGUCGUCCUUUCGCAUCUACGGACCCUCGAGCUGAGCCGCAUGUGGGACUGGUCGCGCGUCUUCGACAGCGUCACCCUGCCCCGUAUUAGAUGGCUCCGUAUGUCCGGAGCAGGGAUACAAUCUCAAGCGAUCAGCGCAAUGUUGCGUCGCUCGUCAGCGAGGCUGGAGGUGCUCGUCUUACGGCGAUUAUUUUGGGGAAACGAUGAGGAGGUGACAGCUCUACUUCAGUGUCCUGAGCUACAGCAUCUGAAGAUCUUUUGCUAUCAUCCAUAUGAAGGACGUAGCAAUAGGCGACCGCCGGACCUAUUGGAUCCUUCACCGUAUAUCCCACCUGCGGUCGUAAAGUAUACAAAGGUUUAUGGAGAAAUCGAAGCUAUGUAUGAUUCUUACAGAUUUUGAUAGUCUAUAGUACACGAAUGUCAUACAUACACCUCACUGCAUCGAGUGGUCGUAAAAUGCAACAUCAGAUAUCGUAGUUUAUCCUCCAGUGCUCGUGAAGAUUGAAUAUCUCUUUGACCACGGAAG